UUGUUAUAUAGUUUUUAUACGUCUAUCCUUUCUAUUCUCUUUAUCCUCCAUUUUCGUUCUACUCCUCUUUCCCUCUCAUUUAUCGGAUUUGAUCGCCGGAACUGUUAUCGUCCGAUCGGUUCGCCGGCAUUCCGGCGAUCAGACUCUGAUGACUCUCUGUGCGGACUCACUCACUGUCAAAUUUCUUGGAAAUUCGUUCCCCAAUUCGAAUUCGAAUACAGUUCAUAUAUUCUACAGAACAAGAUCUCGGUUCUCAGAUCUAUUUUUUAUUUCGAUUUUCAGUAUCUAAUACUGAAAUUAGCGAUGGUAGCUAUGGAAUUCGCAAUCUGGCGCUAACAAUUACUAGUUUGGUUUGACUCUAAUUUGAUCCGUAGCUCUCAUAACUUCGACUCCUAGGUUUUCAGUGUCACGUUUUAGGGUUUGUGGUAUAAAGGGGGAGAAGAAAUGUUCAGGAAAAUUAUUAAAGGAGGGCAUCGGAAGCCAUCCAAGUCAGAAUCCAAUGAUGCUUCAAUGUACGGAUAUGGACCGCCGGCGGGUCCGAAUCGCAGUUCCGGAUCGGUCACUACGACGAAUGUGAUUGUGAACCACUCGUCUCGGGCUGGGCCGGUCCAACCAGGUCCAAUUUCGGUUGGGGCUGCUGGAGCAGUGGCGGUUCUAGCGCCUCCGGGAACGGUAGAGCCUCUUGCCUUGUUCCGGGAUGUUCCGGUGUCUGAUCGCCAUAGCUUGUUUAUACGAAAGUUACAGAUAUGCUGUUUUCAAUUCGAUUUCUCGGAUACCCUGAAAUCGGUUAGAGAGAAGGAGAUCAAGCGUCAGAGUCUAAUGGAUUUGGUUGAGUUUAUACAAUCUGGGUCGGGUAAGAUCACUGAGAGUUGUCAAGAAGAGAUGAUUAGAAUGGUAUCUGUCAAUAUUUUCCGGUGCUUGCCUCCGGCGUCACACGAAAAUACGGGUCAAGAAGGCGGUGAGCCUGACGAGGAUGAGCCGUAUUUAGAUCCGUCAUGGCCACAUUUGCAGCUAGUGUACGAGUUGCUUCUUAGAUAUGUUGUGUCUUCUGAUACUGAUACAAAGGUUGCCAAGAGGUAUAUUGAUCAUUCAUUUGUGUUAAAGCUACUUGAUUUGUUUGAUUCUGAGGAUCCAAGGGAGCGUGAAUACUUGAAGAUGAUUCUUCAUCGUAUAUAUGGCAAGUUUAUGGUUCAUCGACCCUUUAUUAGGAAGGCUAUUAAUAACAUUUUCUAUCGGUUUAUAUACGAGACAGAGAGGCACAGUGGAAUUGCCGAGCUGUUGGAGAUUCUGGGAAGUAUUAUUAAUGGGUUUGCAUUGCCAAUGAAAGAAGAACAUAAGUUGUUUCUGGUUCGAGCUCUUAUACCACUUCAUAAGCCUAAGCCGAUUACUAUAUAUCAUCAGCAACUCUCUUACUGCAUUACCCAGUUCGUGGAAAAGGAUUUCAAGCUUGCGGAUACUGUCAUAAGGGGUCUGUUGAAGUAUUGGCCAGUGACUAAUUGUCAGAAAGAAGUUCUCUUUCUUGGAGAACUUGAAGAAGUGCUUGAGGCAACACAAUCCGCAGAAUUUCAGCGUUGUAUGGUUCCCCUUUUCCGACAGAUUGCCCGUUGCCUAACAAGCUUUCAUUUUCAGGUGGCAGAACGAGCCCUGUUCUUGUGGAAUAAUGAGCAUAUUGUGAGCUUAAUUGGUCAGAAUCGACAUGUUAUAUUGCCAAUUAUUUUCGAGGCAUUAGAGAAGAAUAUCCAGAGUCACUGGAAUCAAGCUGUUCAUGGGCUGACUGUGAAUGUCAAGAAAAUGUUCAUGGAAAUGGAUGUGGAGUUGUUUGAAGAGUGUCAAAGAGAGCACGCUGAGAAAGAAGCCAAGGCCAGAGAAAGGCAAGAGCAGAGGGAGUUGACGUGGAAGAAAUUGGCUGAUGUGGCAGAACAGAAAAGAGAGGAUGAAAUGUAGUUUUUACAGUUUGACUCCAAUUUUACUUCGGUGGGUAUUCUUUUUUUUUUUUGCUUAGUUUCUUUAUAUUUUUUUGUAUCUCCACUCCGAACAAUUGAAAAAUUCGGAGCAAGCAGCCAUAAAUGUAAUUUAUAAUGUACGAAAAUUUGUUAGAAACAAGCUGCAGAUUAAGAAUGAUUAUGUGAAAAAUAAUAUUUUUGUA